GCUGCCGCCGUGACAUUCGUACGGCGCUUACCACUCUGAUCAGACGAUCCCGUUCAUCAUGCAGGCGCCGUCAUCAAUUUUGGUUUUGGCCACCGCGCUCACGGUGGCCUCGGCCUACGAGUUGGACUUGGUGGACUUCUGGGCCAAACGAGGGGCAAUCAAGAACAUGGAGAGCUGCCUGGGCAAGAGCGGCACGCAGGCGUGGCAGACGGAAGUGCAGCAGGCGCUCGCUGCCUGUGACGGUCUCAACGAAGACAACAGUGCACAGAAGAUCGACUUCCUCGACGGCGUCAAUUGGAACAAGAUUAUUGGCGCGUACUCCCCCUCCCACUAUUACCGCCAGAAGCGGUCAGCAAUGGAAGAAAGGAUUGAGAACAUCAAAGGGAAAUUCAGGUUCCACGUUCAUCGCUUCAGAUGCAUCAUGCAGCGUCUCGGCCUGACAGACACCAACAACCGCAUCACUCCUGACGCGCUGGUGCAGCGCUACAGAGCUCUAGGCAUCCCGCGCACCCUGCUGGCUGACAUCGAGCAGGGCGUGCUGCAGUGCAACAAGAUGGCUCAAUGCAUGCCGGUGACUGCGUCGACCAACUUGCCUGUCCCGGCCGACCUGCUGCGUACCAAGUCGUACCUGGAGUGUGAGAGCUACCUGAGGUACUGGGCCUGCCUCAAGAACGACGUCAGGGACGAUGUCAGCGUCGGCAAGUUUGAUCUGUCAGGCGUGGACGGAACUUUGGACUUCUUGCCCAGCGACGAGGCAAGGGCCGCUACGAUCCUCAUGGCCGAGGAGCUGCAGGGUGGAGAUGACUACAACCUCUACGAGUAAAGCCUGCAGGCAAUCGCACCAAGGCUGAUUAAAAAUCUAUAGGAGCGUUGCAACAUCUUCUAGUAACUUUUCGGUUGAAAUAUUUCAAUAAAAAUUUGGUAAUAAUGAGCCGAAUUUUCUUAACAUGUAUCGAUAAUUUCUUUGUUUUGAAUUUCAUAAAUGUACUUGAAAUUGUAUUACUUCUGUGUUUUACUAAAAGUUAAUGACGUUG